AUGCAUUCGUUUACUACUUUGGUAGUGAUUAUAGCUUUCGUGGCAAUUGUUGCAAAGCAUUCAUCAGUUGCAACACAUGAUUCUGACACUCAAGAAUUACAUCGACGACUUAAUGGUUACAAUUAUGGCAAGGAUGAGCAGUACAAUAUGUUUUUACGACGUGUCGCGCAACAGCCAGCUGAUGAUGAAGCUAAUGACGAAAGCCUUCACGCUACAAUGCGAAAGCAUGUUGAUUCAGCGAAUUGGGUCAAAAUCGGAUCCAAAACUUAUAUUGGUGCUCAAAAUUGUGUUAGAUUACACUACGAAGCGUCGACAACACUGAGUUCAUGUAAGAGUGUUUGUCAUAGUAUGAAACAUUGCACAGCAAUCGAUUAUAAACCACGUACUGGAGAAUGUAAGUAUCGUAAAUGCACCACCUAUCCACCAAAGCAUCAAAGCAAACAUGGUUGGGAAGCAUGGGCCAUACACACUAAUUGUAAAACAAUACAUAUAUUUUUAUAUUAUACAUUAAUAGCUACAACAACAAAAACGGCAGCAGCAACACCUAUUCCUACUUGCAGCCCUAGUGCUUGUUGUGGUGGUGCUAAAAAUUGUCGUACUUGUGUUUAUGGUGGUACCACUUAUUACUGUAUUCGUUACGACGGGCCAACUGGUUAUAACCUUUAUCCUACUCCUAGUGCCUGUGCUGCUGAUCUUCCUUCUCCUACUUGGUGUGACUAUCAAACUACUUGUGGUAAUGGUGCUGGCCAUCCUGGUCUUGGUUCUGGUCUUGGUUGCUGA